AUGUCUCGAAUUUCUCCUAUUGAAUUUAAAAUCAAUGGUUCAAAACGUUCGAAAAUUAAUCAUAAUUUAUUAUCUGCUUUUCAAUUUGAUCCAACAACAAUAUCUGAUGAUGUUUCACAAGAAUUUGUUUCCAGUAUUGAUAGUAAUACAACAAAACCUAGUAAUGUUUCUAAAUGCACAUCUGAACGUUCCAUUCCUGUUCAACCUAAUACUCAUCAUGAUAUUAUUAAAUGUAAACAAAUAUAUCGUAAAACUAUUCUACCGUCAGAUCCUAUGAUGAGUAUUUUAAAUAACAAUUUAAAAGAAAUUAAUAUUGAAGAAGCUAAAACAAAUACUGAAAAUGAAACCAUUCAUGUAGAUACUAUAAAACAAGAUCUUCGUAAUACAUUAGAAGAUAAUAUUGAAAAUGCUGAUUAUAAUCAAGUACCUAUCGAAGAUUUUGGUAUGGCUGCUCUACGUGGUAUGGGUUAUAAUGAAAAUAUUGGUCUUGGUAAAUCAAAUAAAAAACAAGUAGAUAUAUUUAAUCCAGAAAUACGACCUCGUGGCCUUGGCUUAGGAGCAGAUAGAGAAGUAUUAGUAAAAAUAAAUAAAUUAAAACGUAAUAUAAAAGAAGCUGGUAUUAAUGAUAAUGAUGAUUUAUAUUUUGAAAAAGGAGCUUUUAUUUUUAUUGAAAAAGGUUCAUAUUGUAAUUUAUAUGGUACAAUUGUAUCCAUUAAUGAAGAUCUGAAUCGUAUGGAUGUUAAAUUAGCUAUGGAUGAUAAUAUAAAUGAAAUAAUUUCUAUUUCACAAUGCAAUGUUAAAUUAGUAACUGAAAAAGAAUUUCUUAAAUAUAGUAAAUAUAUGCUUCCUCAAUUGAAAGAUUUUAAUUGGUAUAUUGAUAUGAAACUGUUACCAGGUGCGAAUGGUCAACGUAUUCAACAACCAUCAUGUGUUCUUUCUUUAGAUAUCAAUGAUCCAACAAAAUCAGUUGGGGAAAAUGAAAAGUCUGUUCAAAUUGAAUUAUCAAAAGAAACACUUAACCUUGUUUUGGAUAAUUUUACACGAAUUCGUGAACAACUUAAUACAUUAGCAAAACGAGAAUAA